UCCACCUACAGGAAGCAGCAACACAUUGAACAGUAAUGGAGGAAGGUGCAGAUUGGAAUCAGCUGCUAGAUCUACCCAGCUCUCUGCCACCUUCUGCCCUGCAGUGAGCUCGCAUUGCCCACCCUGGGGCACCCAGUGCUGGCAGGGGCAUGGCCCGGAUCCUGCUGCAGCUACUGAGCUGCUUCUUGCUGCUCCAUAUGGUAAGUGGCUUCACUCAGAGCUUUGUCUGACCUGUGUGUAAUCCCUCCCUGUGCAGCAUGUACCUACCUUCCAUCAUUACACUGUGUACCUACCUGGCCCUCCCUGUACAGCAUGUACCUACCUUCCAUCAUUACAGUGUGUACCUACCUGGCCCUCCUUGUACCUACCUUCCAUCAUUACAGUGUGUACCUACCUGGCCCUCACUGUACAGUAUGUACCUACCUUCCAUCAUUACAGUGUGUACCUACCUGGCCCUCCCUGUGCAGUAUGUACCUACCUUCCAUCAUUACAGUGUGUACCUACCUGGCCCUCCUUGUCCAGUGUGUACCCACCUGGCCCUCCUAGUGUGUACCUACCUGGCCCUCCUUGUCCAGUGUGUACCCACCUGGCCCUCCUUGUCCAGUGUGUACCUACCUGGCGUGCUUGCCAUCUCCCCUUUAGAGUGUCUUCUACUUGUCACUCAUUGUCCGUGGGUAACUGAUUAUAGUAAUUAUAGUGUCUAUCUACCUAUCCCCUCUCUGUACAGUGUGUACCUACCUAUCCCCUCUCUGUACAGUGUGUACCUACCUAUCCCCUCUCUGUACAGUGUGUACCUACCUUUCCCCUCUCUGUACAGUGCUUACUUUAUAAACCUUUCUACAUUUUCUCCUUAGACAUGGUGUAACUACUUUACAUUAAUAUACAUUGUAUACUUACCUAUAUCGUGUGUAUAGAUUUACAUUAUGCACUUUCCAUCCUUCCUGUACAAUUUUCAAUUAUUUUACAGUGUGUACCUACCUAUCCCUCACUGUACAGUGUGUACCUACCUAUCUCUCACUGUACAGUGUCUCCCACUAGCCAUCAUUUUACAGUAUGUACCAGAUUCCUUCUUAUUCUAUACAGUGUGUCCCUACUUACCUGACCUUCUACAUUAUGCUCCAACCUACCUCUUCUUAUAGAAUAUGUACCUGUCCGUCAUCCAUCCCUCUACAGCAGCGGUGCACAAAAGGUAGAUCUCCAGAUGUAGAACUACAACUCUCAUGAUGCUUUGCAUGCCUUUUAGAAUACUUUUAGGAUUACAAAGCAUCAUGGAAGCUGUAGUUUGAAAACAUCUGGUGACCUACAUUCUGUGCACCCCUGCUGUACAUGGUGUACAUCUCUAGCUGUGUGCUUGUCCACGGUUGCACCCAGAUCUGCUGCGGUUUCUGUCUCUGUGUGCAUUUAUUGUUGAACGCACAGGAUUUGGUGAUCAAUAUACAGAAACCAUGUGUUCUCCCCGGUUAUAAAUGGAUAUAUUGGAAGAAGUUACAAUGGUACCCGCUGGGAGUGCAGUGCAGGUUGGUACUGAGUCCCAGAUGGCAUGCGUGGCGCUAGCUUGAUGAUCCAAUCUAUAAAUAAUAAAAUAUGUAACUGAAUAAAUUCUGCUGAAUGCCUUCAUUAGACUGUCCCAGUAUGAAAAGGUUCUCUCACUGCCCUGGGGAAGGAAGUUCUGUUAAUUUAUUUUAGUUCGUUAGGGGCUGGAUGAAGAUAAUGUGCCACUUUUGAGAGUUGGGGACCUACUGACAUUGUUUGAUAAAGCAAUUUUGGGUCCCAACUCGGGGAUGAGGAGUCACUAAAUUAGCUGCUUCUGUUACCAUCUGGAUGCUAUACACAUGGGAUAAAUAUGGAGUAUGCGGAUAUCCCAGUCAAAAACUGUAUUGUGUCUGUAUUACUGAGGCUUUUCAGAAUUAAAAUUAAUAAGAAUAUUCACCCAUAGAACAGAGGCAUUUUGGGUCCAAUUCCUAUUAUUUAGUAACCUGUUCGUGAUUUAAUUACCGUUUGAAAAAAUUAGAUAAUGAGCAAUAACUAAAUACGUGAACUGUCAUAUGGGGAGGGUUUAGCUAUAGAAGUGUGGAGACUGGCAGCUGGAGGGGUGUAGGCGCUGUGGAGACUGGCAGCUUGAGGGGUGUGGGUGCUGUGGAGACUGGCAGCUGUUUGGGCUAGCAGCUGGAGGGGUGCAGGCGCUGUGGAGACUGGCAGCUGGAGGGGUGUAGGCGCUGUGGAAACUGGCAGCUGUUUGGGCUAGCAGCUGGAGGGGUGCGAGCGCUGUGGAGACUGGCAGCUGGAGGGGUGUAGGCGCUGUGGAGACUGGCAGCUGGAAGAUUGCUGGUGCUGUGGAGACUGGCAGCUGGAGUGGUGUGGGCGCUGUGGAAACUGGCAGCUGUUUGGGCUAGCAGCUGGAGGGGUGCGGGCGCUGUGGAGACUGGCAGCUGUUUGGGCUAGCAGCUGGAGGAGUGCGGGUGCUGUGGAGACUGGCAACUGGAGUGGUGUGGGCGCUGUGGAAACUGGCAGCUGUUUGGGCUAGCAGCUGGAGGGGUGUGGGCGCUGUGGAGACUGGCAGCUGGAAGGGUGUGGGCGCUGUGGAGACUGGCAGCUUGUAUGUAAAUUGUAUAUUUGGGAAGGAGAAAUCACACACAAGUCGCUUAUGUAGAGAUUUAUUCAUACUCUGCUUUUUGAAACUCAUUUGUUUGACUCAUCCAUCUUCAUAUGUCUGUACUGUAUAUAAUAUCCCUUGUAUCCAAUGGAAGAUAAGCCAUGUUCCUAAUAUCGGACUAACUUACUAUGUUCUCAUGCUCAAUGUAGUUUGAACCAAUGGUCUUAGAUUCCCGACGUGCUUCCACUCUCCAAUAAAUGUCCAAGUUGGUUUUGUUUUUUUUUUGUCUUGUUGGCUUCUGUACCUUUUGUCAUCUUCUACUUGUCCUCUCCCCACUAGUUAUAUUUAAACCCGUGAACACGAGAUUAAAUUUCACAAUCGUUCAACAGAUACAAUAGAAUGAAAUGUAAGCCAAGAAUUAUGGACAAUAUAAUGACGUCCAACGCAUACUGCACAUGUAGAAACAACAGAGUGAAAUGCAGAGGGAGGAGUAUCAUUGUAUGAGAUUUUAUCUGUAACAUUUUACUUUUAUAAAAAGGUCACUCUAUACACCAAAGGAAGCAAUAAAAAGGUCACUCUAUACACCAAAGGAAGCAAUGCCAAUGUGACACCAUUCAUUUUAGGCGCUUUAAUUCAUUUAUUUUAAGAGAAACAUGAGUACUUUUAGUUUUUAUAGAGAAAUGAUAAUUCCAAUUCUUUUACUUAUUGUCUAUCGCUGCUCUCUGGCUGUUUUUUAUACUGUGAGAUUUAUCUUGUUUGUGUUAAUGUGUGUUAAUUCAUGCUGUCUGAGCCCUAGUAUAUCGCGCAUGGCAUUCUCUCCAAAUAGAUCUGCUAACGGUGAAUUCACACGGAUGGUCAUCGAUCACAAGGCUGGAAAUUACAUCAACGCGAAUCUGAAACGAUCCUUGUGUGUGGCACGGCCUUAUUUAGCUCAUCUUAAAUUUACAUUAAGUUUUACAUUUUUAGUUUCAUUACCUGUUGUUUUGUUUGAAGUAUCACUAUUAUUUCAUGAGAUUUUAUGGUAACUCUCAUACCAGAGAAUAUAUAGAUGUUCUAGGCAAGUAAUCAUGAGAUGUGUUUUCAAUUUUUUGUUUGUUUUUGCAGAUCGAUUUAUUCACAUUGUUUAUAAUGUGUGGUUUUAUUUUACCAAUUGUAAUUUGUUGUUUCUGGUAGGUGAUCAUUUAUUUAAAGUUGCUUUUUUUUUUUUUUUAUGGGGUAAUUACAUAUCUGGCGGUUAUCUGAUGUUUACUUACGUUUGGGUGGGCUAAUGUUAUCUGUGGUUGCCUGGCGGGGAUAAUAAUUAUCCAGUUUAACUUGUUGGCUAAUGGUCUGUGAUCUGCGGUUGCUGUUUAGCAGAUGGUGGAUGACAAUUUAUCCGUUGGGUGGCUUACCUCGUUGGCUUUAGAGGAUAAUGUAGUUGAAAAGAUUGAGGGAGCAGUGAGAUCUGAGAAUGAUCAAUUCAUUGAUUUUCCAAAUAAACUCUGCAGACUUGACCUGAAGGCUAACUUGCUGCCGUUGAUACAUAAACUUGGCACGACGGGUUAUCUAAAGGUUUAAGCUUAUUUACCAAGCUGAGAAUUCUCCUGCAUCAGAUGAUACAUUCUGUGGUUGCAAAAAUAAACUUUAAUUUGAAAUGCUCUGCCCUGGAAAACGCGUUUCACAGACUGUUAUAUAAAUGCAAUCCAUGCACUGUUUUUAUCUAUAAAUGGAGCUGCAGCUUUGCGAUAUGGUUACCGUCCAGCCGCGUUAAGUAGAUGUAAUGAUUGUACCCACUAUCAGUAGUUCUUCUUGCUGGAAGUUAAGAACCUGCUACUUGAUCGGCUGAUAUCAAACCACUUCAAUUAGAGUUUGAAAAACCUUGAACAAUGGUGCCCGUUGUUACUGGUAAAUAACCUGCAAUUCUACCAGCAAGGAGUGAUUAGAUCUGCUCUGAGUUUAAAUAAGCCUACUGUUUAUAUGGCAGGCCUAGGUGUGACCUACACAUUCCCCAUAAAGUCCCUAGCUCUCAGAACAAGUUGUGCUUUUUUGGGGAGAGGGGGGCAUUGCUCUGGGAGACUGUCACCAGUCACAGGUAGAUGUGUCAGCCAUUUAUAGAGUUUUAUGUUGUUUUGCUCUAUUGGUAGUGAGUCUGUCACCAGUUACAGAUGGAUAGAUGUUCUGAGCUGGGAAUGCCAUAUUGAUUGGAAUCUCUCAUCAGUUAUAUGCUCCCUUUGUAGUAGCUUAGUACUUAGCAGGACCAACUGUUUGCCCAUUCUCUGUGUCAACCAUCUAAUUGUUUCGAAGGCGACUACUCCCAAGUUAAUUUGGGACAGUUCGUCCACAUCACAUGCAUUUUAACCUACACCUUGACAAAUAAAUUGUCCAGGAUUUAUCUAGGCAAUCUUAUUUAUUGAAUAGAAGAUUGAUUGAUUUGUCUGGAUGUGAACAAACCGCUCAAAACAAAUGUUUGCCCAAGUCUAUCAUCGGUUGGUUUGUGUGUUUGGUUUUUUUGUUUUUUUUAAAUCAAUAACAAUAUAAGGUACAGAUCCAGAUUGUCUCCCGUUUGCCAUUAAAUGGGCAGCGGUACUUUUUAAACAGCUCUGUCUCUUUCCCGGAGUCUUUACUUAUUGUGCAAGACCCCCAAUAGUGCAGUGACCCCAGCGGGUAUCAGAAGUAAGUUAUACUUCCGUAAAUCUUUUCCCCAUGGGUUCCGCCAUCAUCUUUCUUAAUGCGUUACUUGCCGGGAGAGCAUGUCCGUUCAUAACUCUUGCGCAUGCGUGCGAGUACAACACAGAUUACUGUGGGAGCGUCGAUUAUAUCCUGAAUCGCGAUGAACUGACAAAACUUGACGGCAGAAGUUCCACUUUUUGUCAAGCUUUUUUUUUUUUUUUUUCAACUUUAGACUUUGCCACAAGGCAAAGAAGUCCCUUUUGACUGCAUUGGAAUCUCAAUAAAAUCCCCAAGCAGUCAAUAUGAGCAUUCCAUAAACAUUUUAUCUUUAUGAAAUACUUAUAAUAAAUUUUUGGUUCUAGAACGGAAGGUUACAUUCUACUAUGUAACCGAUCUGGUGACAAUUUAACUGCUUGUAACAAAACAAACAGAUUUUGCAGAGAUCACAAAAUGUCUUGUCUGCAUUUUGGGGGUUUUAUUUCUCCCGGUGAAGAUCGUAUUUCCCAGUAAAAAUAAACCUGGUUCUUAAUAAAUCUGGAAUGAUUGCGUUUGCCCCAGCACCUUAUCUUCAAGACAUUGUUUGUGUAUUUGGCAUGGAGUUAUACUGCAGUGCUAGCCCCAUGUAAUCUAGUAAUAGGCCUGCUGUUUACAAUAUAAUCACAGGGCAGCCUUGUCCCUUUUAUGUACUUACUAAAUGUUGCAGAACAUUAAAGGAGCCAGCAGAAUGUGCUGUAUCUGAUAAUGGCAGUUAAUUUAAUUGUGUUUUAAAUAGAAGUGUCAAUAUUUAGAAUUCUCAGUACUGUGAAUUGUAAACUCAUUUCUCGGCUUAUUGAUUAAAGAGCGGGUUUUGCGAAUAUAUUAUCAUAGUGCCCUAUCGGUCUUUAGCAUCACUGAUAUAUAAAUCAACAGUUUGGGGGGCAGGGGUGCAGUUGGUCCCAGGUGUAAUAGAUCUGCCCUCUCAGUGGGCCACUGCAGGCCCUCUUAUGUUAAAUACAAAUAUGCUGCAUUAUUAACCUUUUACUCUGCUGUACAUGGUUGUGCAAACAAAAUAAUUUGGACCGGUUGGUCUGGAUCAAAUACUUUUAAUCCACACCAAGGACAUUGAUUAGUCUUGGAUUUACCUGUAGGGUCUCAUUCAGUUAAUAAGACUCCACGGAUAAAUUCUGGACAAAUCAAUUUGUUCAGGUGUGGAUUAAAAGAAAUUUGAUCCGGAUGAACCGGUCCUAAUGAAUUUUUGCACAAAGUCUAGUUUUGAUGGCACAAGACCGGUCUCUCUUUUUUUUUUCCUAGUUACAAGGUUUAUUGUUUAACGUGAUUUGCCUUCUCUAGUACUGCUCAUAUUUAUAUAUCUUUUCAGUUUGAAAUGAUUCUAUAUUUUUAAGAUGUUCCCCUGUAAAAGCUCAGAUGGUGGCCUAUUUGUGUGCUGCUGUGUGCUUUCUCCCUGAAGUGACAUAAUGCAAACUGCUUGGAAAUGAAUUGGUUAAAAAAUCUGUGUCAAGUCUUUGAUGCAACAGAUCUGCUGUGCCAGGCAGUGUGGGUUCUGCUGAGUGGCACCAUGCCAGUUAUUGUGCCUCGGUUUAUGCAAUAUUUCAUUACCAUUUUGUCUUUAGUCUUUUUCGUGUCUCAACUAAUCAUACAGCUCACUGUCCGUUAUUACUGCAAUUUAGUCUUUCUGUGACCCAGAUUCUUUUAGGGCUUGGAAUAAUUCAAAUAGUGUUUUUGUAUGUUUUGCCUUGCCACAAGGGGGUGCUGGUUUCACAAUGGGUAAACCGUUAACUUCCACUGGCAUGUGUUGACGGUAACUGCUCUUCAUUCAGUUGUGAGCUUUAAUACAAAGGGCAGAUUUUACAGGAUGGAGUUUAAACAUUAAAUAUAAUUAUCAUGUAAUAUUGUAAGGAAAACUCCAUGUAUAGAAAUCCGAGAAUUAAAACCUGCUCAGAUUUUAAACCUUGCUUUUACCCCUUAAGGACCAAACUUCUGGAAUAAAAAGGAAUCAUGACAUGUCACACGUCAUGUGUCCUUAAGGGGUUAAAAUCUGUUUCUUUUGUUGUAAUCGUGUUUAAUGAUUGAUAAAUUACCUUGUCUCAUGUCUAGUCAUAUAAUAGCUUACUUUAUCUGCAGACUCUGUAUACCAAGCAGGCCGUGUCCCCCCAGCCAUGAUAACUUGUCAUUCUAUGAGUAUGCAGUGCAACAUGGUGGUUGUACGGCUCCUGGGGCUUACCCGUUAACCACCCCCUGCUGUACACUGUACGUAGGUAAUCAUUGCCCUUUCCAGAUUAGUAUCUGGGCUGUUUCUCAACCUGCUAACUCUUCUUAGAAAUAAAGGGAAGCGAGCCAACUCUGGGUCCGGAAAUAUCAGUUUCUGCAAGAUUAAAGUACAAACUGUGUUUUAAAGUGCCAGAAAUGCACAGUUAACCCCUUAAUGACUGAUCCUGACCCCAAACGGUUGUUUUUAUCAUUAUUUACUUGGUGCUGGUCUGUUUAACACCUGUCAGUGUUCCUGUGUGUACACUUCAUUCCCAUCCUGUGCAUGAAUGGAAAGAGUGGCGGGCGUUAAACAGACCUCGGCCUUGUAUUUGGAUGGAGUUGACAGCUCGCAGUGCAGGAUACAGUGGGUAAAUGCUGUGAUAGUAACUAUCAGUGAAUGAGUUAACCCUUCUAAUGCCAGGAGCGCCUGACCUUGAAUUGUUAACUCCUUUAAUGUCUGCUCCUUGCAGACUGUAACGGAGCUCUUGUACCUUGGCUGAGGACCUCUGUUAGAUCCGGGUCCUCACCGCUAACAGGGGACUAUGGAGUACUUCAGACCCAGUCACUGAAGCUGCACUGGGAUCUCUGGGGGACCUUUUUCCUCUGGACAAGACUACAGUGGUUAUAGUUCUUUUUCCUUAGAUUCCUUAACUCAUGUACAACUGCAGUGAUUAUAGUCCUUUCCCCCAAAACGUUAGUUGAGACUGAAUGUAGGGAGUAGAAUAAACACAUUUUAUUGAACACCCAGCACUCUAUAUAUACACAGUACAAAUGUGCAUUCUGAGCCCCCAAAUCCUCUUCACCAACACGGCACCCCCACAAACCAUACAUCUCUAGGUAGCACACUCCCUAGCUCCCCAAUGUCCAACUAGCACCCGGAUUGGAGGUACCCACCCCAUGCGACAGUUCCACCAGGUCGCGGCCAUCCUCUGAUCUGGCACAGAGUCCUGGGACAGGGUCUGUAGAUUGUAAGGAGGAGGGUAGCUAGUGGCACAGGAGCUUCUGUCACACAGAGUAAGCUACAAAUUCUGCAUUAAUGCUUCUAAUCCUAGAUUCCCUUUGUGUCCAUGGACCCAUAACUUUCGAAAACAUAUUGUCGGCACGGAGAAUUCAAUUUAUGGAGACCAAUUCGUAUGUCAUUGCAUCAUGGGUAAUGCUACUUUCCACCAUCUGCGUUGCCAUGGUUUCCCAUCCGUAUGAUAAAAUGUGCCUAAAUGCUGGAUUUUACAAAAUGAAUUAAUAAUACACUUUUUUUUUUUUAUUGUUCCUGCCCUGUGACAAUAAAGUGUUAAUGCUCGCUGUCUGUCUGAACGCAGCGCCCUCGCAGCCUGCAGCGGCUGUUUGGAUCCCUCGGCCCAAGGUAAAUGUUGCAGGUGCAGCGGUUAUUUCUGCCUCGGCUUGUUUACACAGUGUGAUAACUGAGCUACUGUUUCUGGGAAAUAAACCAUAUGUCGCUUUGUGGUUUUCAGGAGAACUUUUGUCACUAUUUGUGGCACAAGAGAAACCCAGACAAUCCGUUAGACUCUGUUUUUAUUUGUUUUGUCCUCACCAAGAGCUUCAAACAAGUCAAGAAAUCCUGUCUGGGUCGCCUCCAGCUGUGCUAAGAAAAACAAACUAUAAAUAUAUCUAUAUAUUAACACUAUUAAACACGAUAUAUUGUAUUUAUUAUACCUGUAGAUAGUAGAAUUGUUAGUGAUUAUGUAGGACUGCUUACGAGCUGCUUUGUAGCCAACCCAUUCAUGCCAAAGAUUCAAAACAAAUACAGAUGAACUCCGUAUGAUGUAUUAUGCCGGGGUGAUAAGGUAGAUCACUCUAAAGCUUUUGGUGAAUUACAGCACCCACCAUGGUUUGUAAGCCUAGAGAUUGGAAAAAUAACAUGGGGCUGUCCCUUUAAGGUUCCAUUCCAACACGGAAUUCCCAAAACAUUAUGUAACCGCAAGACUUUAUAGGGCUGUCUGCUACGUGGGUGGGAUAUUCUAUGCCGUCCGAGGGUCUGUAGGGAACAGAUUGUGGUGCUGACAGAAAUGCCAUUGGUCAUUAUUGGUUGUCUGUUGUAACUCCGGUCAGUCCUCAUCAUAGGCAUCUCGCGCCCUCUCACAAAACCCAGAAUCACACGUUCUCCAUUUUUUAUUUUAUUUUUUAUUUUCUUCCUUAACUUCAAGUGUUCAAUUUGUGGGAUUGUGAACCUAGACAGAACAUGUAAUUAGUCUAACACACAUCAUGCUCUUUCUAUACAUUAAUUAGAUCUGCACUACCACAAUAACAAUAGGUUUGUUUUGAAAGUUUGUUUUGAAAGUGUUAAUUAUCAGUAGCUCUUGUUGGUCUACACCAACACACCUUCUGAUUCUUGCGGAUGUAAUGCAUGACUUUACUUUGUGUCCAUCUCUGCUCCAUUGUAUUAAAAGUAGAACGCUGUCAGAUCUCAAUAUGAAUGUCUUUGCUAAAUCUACGUAAGGUUUGCCGUCAUUCCUAGGGCCCCACUGAUUCCAUUAUCUUUCCAUUCCAGGAUGGCGGGAGCUGCAGUACGGUGUCUCUGCCAGAAACGUUACUCUUUGUGUCCACCUUGGAUGGCAGUCUUCAUGCUGUCAGUAAGAGAACGGGCUCAAUCAAGUGGACAUUAAAAGAAGGUAAUUCAGCCUCUCUCGAUCUCAGGGGUUGAGGACAAGAUGUUGCCCAAACCGUUUGCAAAAUAUCUUUGUAAUUCAAUAAAUGUGGUAGCACUUGUUGCACAGCUUACUAAAGUGCUUCCCUCCUUUUUUUUAUUUCUGAUUUUGUGUACCUACUGAUGGAGCCACAGUGUGGAUGGAUAGUGUGGAGACUCUGUUGAUUAUUGUAUUGUUUAAAAUGUUUGUUGGUACCUAGGUAGCCUGGGCCUCAUGUCUAGUAUAUGGUAUCUCAGGGAUAGGCAACCUUCAGCAGUUCAGAUGUUGUCGACUGUAUCUCCUCUGAUCUUUUCGAGCAUGAUGACUGCAAGAGCAAUAUGGGUGAUGUAGUCCACAAUAUCUUGAAGGCACAAGGUUGCCAACAAUGGCUCUGUUUGGUUCUUUAGCCAGCAGUUAGAUACAGGAUACGUCUGAAUCCCUCUCUCUCUUGAAUGCCCUGCCUGCAUCUCUCUCCUUACCGGCCUUUCUCUGAAUUAGAUAAAUUCUUCUCAUUUUCUGUCUACAACAUUUUAAAGUUUUGCAAACUGAACCUGCAUCAUCUUUCCACAAACCGCAGGAAAGAUUAAAAAAAAUAUGGUUUCCCAUCCUAUGUUCAUAGAUUUAGGGAGGUUUUUGUGUGUUUUUAUUUUUUUUAUUUCCCCCACGGUGGAGGUGAAAUUCAUGGCUGCACCUGCCAGCGAGCUAUUCUGCUGUAUGAGCUGUAGUCAGGUCACUGUAACCCUGACAUUGAUACACUAUUUCUGUCGUGGCUUUUGGCCAUUUCUGAUUUAAUCUCCUGUGAUACAGAGCAAUAUAUCAAUAAAACGACCCCACCUGAAGACAGGUUAGUGGUCACCUAGCUCUGCAAACAAUCAGCAGGUGAAGAUUGAUCCUACCCCCCGUGAGCUCCACAGGGCCAGUCCUUGCUCUCUGUUCCCAGCAGAAGAGAUCUCACACAAUAAGGGGCGUCUUCCCAUGUCUGGGACUUUUAAAUAUUUACAUGUGAAUGGUCUUUAUGUGUGUUUAAUUAGGGAAAUGCUAAUCCCCUGGGCUGAAUUUCAUGCAGUUUGUUGCACUGCAUCCAUCACAGGGUACACUCUGAAGCACAAAUGCUUCAUUCCAGAACAUUGCAUUCAUUAACUCUGCACCCCUAAGCUAUCAUCCUGUUCCAACCACUGCCCAUGAUGUGCAAUCUGUGAUGGAAUCUUCGCAAUGCUUUGCGGGUUUAUAUAGGGUCAGACAUGGCCGCAUUUCUGUGUCCUUGCAGCAAACGGGCUGUGUGCAUGGUGGGCCUGGCUGUGGGUUGAACCGGGGUAAUAGUGGAUGGCUGGGUGUUGUUAAUACGGCUGUGUGCCAGGGUUUUCUGGUGUAUUCUAUAGACAGGCAGCAGGAUUUCUGCUAUCUUGCAUCAUUUCACCUCGUGUGUUCAGUCAAGGCUGAAAGGUAAACAUUCGUUCCCUGCUCUACCAAGCAGACCUGUCCAGUGCCUCUAACCGGGUGCAGAUUAGGACAAAGUGAAAACUCCAGUGUUAUGCAGGGUGAGCAAAUCCGUUUUUCUUAACUAUAUGUGGUCCUGAGUGUGCAAUAAAAUCUGCGCAGUCACGUUCUCACAAUGAUGGCACAUUUUGUUAUCACAGACCUAUCGCUGUAAGCCUGGCUGAGCAUUGUAGGAGUAAACAUAUUUGGGGGUACCUAUGGUUAGUCAUCUUUGUGUUAGAGUGGGUAGUAAAUACAGUUAAAUGGACAAAAUCAAAAAUACAGUUUUAAACUUUACAAUGCUACUUAAAAUCCCAUAUCUCAGAAACAAAUAUGGGGGUUAAGUUUCACCAGUGGCCGUAUGGUGGAACUACGUCACAGCACCCAACAUCGGUGGGUCCCACACCAAUGUUACAAUUUUAGGUUUACGUGCCAAUUUGCAAUACUCAUGUGGUCACCAGAGUGGGUAGUCUCUGCUAGGGAUCUUGGACCCUUUUAGUCUUUGCAGGGUUUGGGCCUUGGUGACUGGAAAGCGAAGUCUGAAUCUGUUAUGGAUUUAUAUAUUGUUUUAGUAAAUGGUGUUCCCUGGGCAAAUCCUCUCUUAUCUCCGACCUGAUAUUUGCUACAAAAAAAAAAUUUUUAGAAUAAUCUUCGUAUUUAAUUUGUCCUCCCACCAGUCACUGUUGAGUGAAUGAACUGCACAUCAGUGAAAUUCUUAAGACCCCCUUUUAAACUUGUCUGUGUUUGGAGAUAUAACCAAAAUGUGCACGAUGUUAUGUUUUAAAUCGUAGGGAAAGGGUGGGGUGGAGAUUAAAGAGCAGGGGAUGUGCCAUUUCCAGAUCAAGUUAUAUUACACCUCCCACAAUAUGCUGUCAUUCAUUGACUUGCAGAGAACUUUGGGAGUUGUAAUUAAAUACCUUUGGAGGGGUGCUAUUCAGCACCCCCUAUCCCUGGGGAUACCUUGCUGCAAAGACUGUGGAGCUCUGAGGGCUAUUCCUGGAUCUCCUAUGAUGCUCAGCCCAUGUUAAAACUGGUUAAGUAUCAUGGAAAAAUAUAGAUCCACAUUUAUCAGGGAGGGGGUGGUGUGGGAGAGGGGGAGAGGAGGGGUUAUUCAUAAGUUGGCUGUCACUGGAACAGAGCGUUCUAGAGCCUGGCACAUUUGGUCAUUAGAACAGAGCAUUCUAGAGCCUGGCACAUUUGCCCACCAAGCUCAGAACAUUACUCUGUGUACAUUACCAUCCUUGCAAUGAGUGAAAUGAGCAGCUGGCAUCAUGUUAGUAAGAUGUGAGUUUUGAACUUGUUCCAAGAUACAUCUGACAUUUAGCUCUCUGUUAAUUACUGUUAAUCAAUUGUUUCUUUCUGCAGAUCCCGUACUUCAAGUUCCGACACACGUUGAAGAGUAAGUUCUUUAGUCCUUUAGCCUGGAGGGUAUUGACACAGGUGGGAGGGAGCCAAGACUCCAAACUGUCUUUCCCUUAUACAAUUGUGCAUCAUCCAUGUAAAUCUACCAGUUCUACAAUGGCAUGAAGACACCCUGGGGGAGAUUUAUACAUCUGCCGAUAACAUAAAAGUAGGGGCAGCAUCCAUAAGUGGAGAUAUCGCUAUUGAAACCAAUGGAAUAUUCUUGCUCAUGUCACAGUGUUACUGACACCUAUCGCUAUACCGACUGUAUUGGCUGGGUUACUCCAUCUGCACCAGAAUAGACUGGUGUACACUAUACACUGGUGUUCAAUCUGCCCUACAGCCAUUAAAAUAAAACAUGCCAACCUGUCAACUGGCAUUGAUAACUAUUCUUUAUUACCAUCACAGGGCAUGCUGGGUAAUGAGCAUGGCCCAGCAAUGCAUACUCUCAAUUCUUUUCAGACAGUAGCAUCAUUUAAGUAAACAGCAUUGAAUUAAUGAGUAAUGGGAUGACCAGGAGCUAUGAUUUAGGAUAUAGACUUUCUAUCCCUUAGUUCUGCCAUCUUGCUGAGAAAUAUCUGGUUUUAUCUUCUUCCAAAGGCAUUUAUCCAACACAUUGUCUUGUAUAUCUCCAGUUUCCAUUAGAAUUUCUGCUAAAAUUCCAAUACAACAUAUAGGUAGUUAUUCAUGAAGAUUCCAUUUAAAUGAAACAUUAUAAAUGAAAGAUCACCCUUAAAGGACCACUAUAGUGCCAGGAAAACAUACUCGUUUUCCUGGCACUAUAGUGCCCUGAGGGUGCCCCCACCCUCAGGGACCCCCUCCCGCCCGGCUCUGGAAGGGGAAAGGGGUAAAAACUUACCUUUUUCCAGCGCUGGGCGGAGAGCUCUCCUCCUCCUCUCCGCCUCCGUUACGCCCCGCCGGCUGAAUGCGCACGCGCGGCAAGAGCUGCGCGCGCAUUCAGCCGGUCUCAUAGGAAAGCAUUUACAAUGCUUUCCUAUGGACGCUGGCGUGCUCUCACUGUGAAAAUCACAGUGAGAAGCACGCAAGCGCCUCUAGUGACUGUCAAUGAGACCUCCACUAGAGGAUUAGGGGGAAGGCUUAACCCAUUCAUAAUUAUAGCAGUUUCUCUGAAACUGCUAUAAUUAUGAAAAAAUGGGUUAACCCUAGAAGGACCUGGCACCCAGACCACUUCAUUAAGCUGAAGUGGUCCUUUAAGACCAACUUCCUGAUGACUAACUGUGGAAAACCACAAACCAAGGAGCUGCCGGAGUGCUAAGGGAGGCUUUUUUUCCCUUCAGAUUUGUUAAAAGGGACUUCAUACCUGCUGAGAGUAUUGUGUCAUUUAAAAAAGGGAAGUAAACAAGGCCAGUGUAUUUUAUUAAAGCAAAAGGGGUCAGAAUUUUAGACAAAGAGUUAAAGUUGUUACUACAUAAUAAUUAGAUUUUUUUUUUUUUUUUAUUCACGAAAUCAGCACUUUUUUGCCUCAGGUUUUUUAUUCAGUUAUCCGUUUAAUAAAAGUUGCAGUUUUUAAAAGAUGUUCAUUGUGAAGUUUUACAUACAUCCCGUAGAUUCUGAGAUGGGGACUUGGGUGGUAUAGUAUCAGGUCAACCUGCAACGUAUGUUGGUAUUAUUGGUAUUUAUAUAGCGCCAACUAAUUCCACAGCGCUUUACAAUAUUAUGAAAGUGGAAAACUUCCAAUAAAUGAGACAAUUACACAGUGACACAGGAACAAUAGGUAGAUGAGGGCCCUGCUCAAACUAACUUCCAGUCUAGAGGAGGAGGGGUACAAAUACACAACAGGGCAGCAAGGGUGACAGCCACCCAACGUUAACCUUUGUACUCCAGUACCACGCCGAACACAUCUGAUCACCAUAAGAAACUUCCUACAUUGGGUUCUGCUCCCAGUGUACAGCCAGUAACCUGUUCUGUGGAAGGCAGCUACUGUCAGUGUGCGCACAGUAACAAAAUCACAACUACAGACUGCAAGGGAAGGGAUAGUAAUACAUAUCUCCCUCUCCUGGCCGCCAUCAUUAUUGCAGUACGCGUUGGAUACAGAUCAAAUCUUGGAGUGACAGUGGGUGGCUGUGUGUCCCACGUACAUGUAUGGGCUCUGUACUUAAGCCCUCUACUUAGAUCUGUUUGUUAGAAGUCUAUGAGAAUUUUGCAAAUCCCAUCAAUCUUGGUCCAGUGGGGGUGUGUGGGGGAAAAGUAAAGAUUUUGGUAUUUGAUAGACCAUUCCCUUUCAAAGAUACUUGUUGUGUUUCUACCAGGAUUGGUUUUACUGAGGAAGCCAACAAUGCAUGUCGCUAACUAAUCCACAUCUAGAAAAUUUAAUAUCUGAUGACUAAACAGAAUCACUUAUUAGAAUGGAAAUUCUGAGAAUUGUACGACUAAAAUCUAACCUUUUAUAAUAUUUUAUACUGAACCUCAGAAAAGUAAGAUCUUUACAUAAUCAUUUAGCCAGCUGGACGAUAUAUAUGUAUAUUGGGUCUUGAGAAAGACCCUGAGGGGUCGAAACGUCAAUAUUCACGCUACUUUUAUUUAUAUAUACAUAUGUGUGUAUAUGUAUGUAUGUUUUGGACACACCUGAUGCUCUAAGGGUUAAUGGGUGAAUUCAUUAAAAUGUAUUAGGGUUCCAUAGUACAUGGAACAGCCAAACCCCAAAACAUUGCCCCAAUGUUUGCUCCAGAUAUUUUUUAACAAGAGAAUAUUUUGUUUAUACGUCUUUGUAAGAUCCUCUUCCUGUGUCAUACUGUACACUGUUUUCAGUUACGUAGUUAUAUCUUGGGUAAAAUUACUUUGUAGUGCAGGGAGAUGUGGAAUUCAGCCCAAAUCACUCCCAUUAAAGCUAUUGAUCUUCUAAUCGUCGGCAGAGGUUAAACUAUGUCUGUCUUUCACAGGCCGGCGUUUCUUCCAGAUCCAAAUGAUGGCAGUUUGUACACCUUGGGCAGUAAAAAUAAUGAAGGCUUAACGGUAAGAUCUGUGUUGGUGAUGACUCCUUGUACAGCGCUGACGAAUUUGUUGGCGCAUUAUAAAUAACAAUCAAAACCUGGAUUGUGUCGUUAUCCACGAACAUUGGUGUCAUUCCUCUAGAUUACAUUAACAUUAGAUGUUUGACCGCUGAUACUGUGGAGAUAUGCUCAAUUUGGCAUCCAUUGAAAGCUUUUCCUGAAUGCCUUCUUAGAAUCGGACAUAUUGCUUCUAUGUAAAUUAUAAUCGUAACUCCUUAUCUAGACUGCAGAGCGAAUUUGGUAACAACAGUAGGGAUUUAAAUUGCACACUGUGAAUAGUAAUGUCUCCCUUUAAAAUCUGACUGCAUAUUUUCUUUUAAUUUUACCUGUUCUAUAUGUAUUUAUUUUUUUCUUAUUAGAAACUACCAUUUACCAUUCCUCAGUUGGUGCAGGCCUCUCCAUGCCGCAGUACGGAUGGUGUCUUGUAUAUGGGUAAGUACUGUACAUACCGUACUGUACUGGUUAGUCAGUAGAUGGCGCUGCAUGAUCAUGGGAUUCGUUAAUGAGGGUGAUGAGUGCAAAGAGCACCCAAAUAAAAUUGAUCAAUUCAACUUAUAACACAGGGAUUAAAUUACUGUAGAAGCAUGUGAAAUUUUUUUUGGUGUGAUAAUUGUAUGGUGCUUUACAUUAAUUGUGAUAAUGGGGAUUAGGGUUAGUAAUGGAAGUGAAAGUGCAUCAAUAUUAGUUCGGGGAAGGGGGCAGGCGGCCAUGCCAGCAGGCUUCAAGUUACUAUGGCUCCCAAGGAAUCUAGCUAUUGUGCAAUAAAUGCUUGCUUUUCCCGGCCAGUAAUAGGCUGGAAGCCCAUGGCACAAGCACUUGGAGUGUCCUGGUGCAGCUGGAGCACCUGAAAUUGGGUGAUUCUGGGUCCCGGAGACAGACUUGGAGACAGAGGCCCUACUGGGAGGGAAGUGAGGCGGACGGCUGCUGCUUUGCUUACUGCCCAGGCCAAUACACAUUGGCAACUUACCUGGCACUGUCCUUGUCCUGUUACCCCCCACACCACCCUUUGGACCAGGGGUGGUUAUCCUGGUCCCCACUGAAGAGGCUGCCACAGUGCCUAUCUGGGGAUGCUACACCUGGGCGUACCAACCCUUCCCUCAAGAUGGCCAUGAGACCGCAUGACGCUAGCACAUGUCCGCGAGAGGGAGAACUACUUGCUAAAUAUAUACCUGUUAAAAUGGUAAAAAAGCUGUUAAAAAGCUUGCAUUCAACAGGUAAUAAAUAUACCUGUUGAAUGCAAGCUUCUGGAAACAGGCGACCCUAAGGCCGCAGGCACUUCUAUCCCAACACCACUGGUGGGUGGAGAACCAGUGCUCUACAUCAGCUCACAACACACCUUCACAGAGGCGCCUUUCCAGGCCAAGAGCUAACUUGGGAAGAACCCCUCACUGCCCACACCCUUGGAGAGCUUAGCAGCAGAGGGGCCAUAGGUCUUCAGUACUGCGGCACCCAAGGACCGUUGCCUUGGACUUACACAGAGUUCAAGACAGUGGAGCAGGCAGAGGUGAUAGCUCCGUUGCAGGCCUGGGGCUGACGCGACGUGAUAUUGGUGCUCCUGCGAUUUAAAAAAUGCAUCAAACUUCGGCAGAUGGAGUCCCUGACAUUACCAAGACAAAUUGUAGCAGUAUGCCAUUACUAUCUGAGAUACUAACCCCAUGCUGUAUGGUAAACUCACCUAGCUCAACUAACCUGUUUUUCUUUAUAAUUUAUUGAUUAGUUUGCAUAUUUUGGUUUACAAAAAUAAAAAAGUGCAAUUAUUUCAUGCCACGGCAAUGUAUUUUCCUGUAAGUUAAUGCAUGGCUUGUCAACGCUGUCGUGGCGCCACAAGCUUGUUUGUUCUUCUUUGCACAAUAAAAAUACAGAAUAAAAAGAUUAGUUCGGAUAGCAUUGUAUGAUGCUUUAUGUUUAGUGUGGUAGUGUGCGUUCCUGGUUAGUGCAGGGAGCUCAGUAGUGCAAUUUAUUGUUGGUACAGGGAGCAUGGUAGCGUGUGUUGAUUAUAGUACCUUUUAUUCAUAGAGCAUACUGUUUGUUUUAUUUUGUAAUUCUUUGUUGUUGUUUUGAAAUCUUCUUGCAGAGUAAAUCUGUUGAUAUGGUUAUAUCUGUUUUAUUUUAUUUUUUAUUUUUUUACACAGUACUCAUCAUAGCCAUUUGUUUUCACUCAUUACAGGGAAGAAACAAGAUGUCUGGUACGUCAUUGAUCUGGUAACUGGGGAGAAACAACAGACUCUGACGUCCUCUUUCGCAGAGAGUCUCUGUCCCUCCACGUCCCUCCUGUAUCUUGGACGGACAGGUAUUUACCCUGAAAAUGCCUAUGCAUCAUCUGUCUUCAGUGUGCGAAUUGUAACUGCCAUAUUGGAUUUAUGAGAAGUAACCUGUAACCAUGAAUCUACUAAUAGCAAGCAUUUAUAGUUAAGAUUGUAGGUCACCUAAUCGAAUACCUCUGUUUUUUUCAGAAUAUACAAUCACCAUGUAUGACACGAAAAACAAAGAGCUGCGUUGGAAUGCCACCUACUACGAUUAUGCUGCCACUCUGCCCGACGAGGGCACGGAAUACAGUAAGUAAUUAUAAUAGAAUGUAUGGUUAAGUCUGUGAUUCAGAAUGUUCAGUACAUGUUUGUUUUGUUGAAAUUUAAUUUUUUAUUUAUUUUACCUCUUCUCCAGAAAUGUCUCACUUUGUGUCCAACGGUGACGGGAUGGUGGUUACAGUGGACAGUGACUCUGGAGAUGUUUUGUGGAUACAGAAUUACGCCUCCCCUGUGGUAGCCUUGUACAUCUGGCAGAGAGAGGGUCUGAGGAAGGUGAUCCAUACAAAUGUUGGUGUUGAAACUCUUCGGUACCUGACAUUUAUGUCUGGGGAAGUAGGACGCAUCACAAAGUGGAAGUAUCCGUUUCCAAAAGAAACCGAGACAAAAAGCAAGUUGAUGUGAGUAUGUUGGCUUAGAUUCAGUCAUUAAUAAGGUCUGACCUUGUUGGAAUGGACUCAGUGGGUUCUGUACUUUGUGCUAAACCAUUUUGAGCCUCGUGGUUCUCUAAAUAUGACCAUAACACAGCAUGAUCCACACUUAACAUCACAACUGAUCUCCUACUUCCGUGAAAUGUAUAUACUAGACUGUGAAGGAUCAACCACAAGUUUAUUGCUCUAUUUACAAACACAUUGUAUUUCUAAUGAUUAUUGCAAUCUAUACUAAUCUGGUAUACUUUAAUUUUUUUUACAAGGCCUACGCUUUAUGUUGGAAAAUACUCUACCAGCCUCUAUGCAUCAUCAUCCUUUGUACAUGAAGGGGUAACUGUUGUGGUAAGUCUGGAUGUUUACAUUUCUUUUCUCCUAGCAGAUAAAUGAAAUGUCCUCACUUACUGAUAAUCAGGCGUACUAAUUUAAAGGAUGGAUGUGGGGUUGCCACUUUUAUUGUUGCACUGGCUUGUGGUUCAUGUUUUGUUUUUUGUAAUUUGUUUAAAUGUGUUGGAUUUCCCGUCUAAUUUUUGUUUGGAGCACAAUUUGUAGUAUGUUUAUAACCCGAUCCCCUCUACAAAUUCUGCAGUCUCUGUUUUCUGACAGUAUUUCCUUCAUGUAAACGUCGUAUGCCAUAUAAAACCUGAUUCUUGCAUUCUUGCAGCCAAGGGGCAGAGCAAUCCCACUUCUCGAUGGGCCGACAACAGAGGGAGUCACCAUUGAAGACCAUGGGGAGUGUGAAUUCACACCUAGCACUGAUCUGAAGUUUUCUGCGGGGAUGAAGGGGAAAGACCAUCUAAAUUACUGGAGGAACCAAUGGUUAUUAAUAGGUAGAGAUACAUGUCUCCACCCAGAGGAAUACAGAGAUCACAUUAAGGCACUCUGCAUACUGCCACCUAGAGGGAGCACAUAUAAAGUGCAGGCAUUUAUACUACUAGGUUGGAUAAUUACGUCUGAUUAUGGAAUAUAUUGUAUUACAGCACAGCUCUAUGCGGAUAUCACUUGCACAUACAGAAACUACAGAGAAAGGGGUCUAAAAAGGCAUAGAACUAAAUAUUAAUCCAGCACCUUUCACAUAGAGGUACAGACAUUCUUACUGGCCCCUGGUGUAAUCCACCAAUUUACCUCCAACCUCUUAAUACAGGAGUGCACAUGGUGUAUUAUUCCGGCCAAUAUAUCUAUCUGCAGUCCUUUUUAUUUAAUUGAGGAGGUUUGUUAGGCAUCCUUUCUAACUUUACCGAGUACCGACUUCUUGUGUGGAAUACCCACUCUUUCUGCUUUAGGACAUAGUCUUAAAUUAGAGGGGCAAAGGUUUAAAAAUAUUUUCAGGAAGUAUUGCCAUCACAUUCUAUGUUUCUAUAGUUUAAACCAGGGGUAGUCAAUCCUUUAAUACCUACUGCCCACUUUUGUAUCUUUGUUGAUGGUAAAAUUAUCUUAACGCCCACCAGUGACACAGUAACUAAUUUUAUAGCGCAAGUGCGGGUUUUUUUUGUUUGUUUUUUUUUUAGAAAGGAGGUUUUAUUUAAAAAAAUAUAUAAUAAUAAUAAUAUUUACUUAAAUGUAUCUAUUUCUUUUUCCUUUUUUUCCCCCCUAUUCUACCUUUUUUGUGUGUGUGUGAAGGGUAUUGUGUGUGUGUGUGUGUGUGUGAAGGGUGUGAGAGGGGGCAGUGUGUGUGUGUGUGUGUGUGUGUGUGAAGGGUGCAGUGUAUGAAGGAGGGCAGUGUGUGUGUGUGUGUGCGUGCGCGCGAGGGCAGAGUGUGAGGGGUGCACUGUGUAUGUGAGGGGUGUGUGUGUAUGAGAAGGGUGCACAGGGUCUAUGCUGUGUGUAGCCCGGUGAAAUAUGAAAAUCUAUCUUAAUGUUGCCCCAUUCUUACCUUUUUACCAGGGACAGGGGACAUAAUGCUGCAAGCCCUGGUUAUCCAGUCGUGGCAUGUUCACUUUAGUCUUCAGCUCCUGCGGCUGCAGGCUAACUCUGCUGUUCUCCUGCGAGCACAGCACUGUAUCAGAGCGUUGCCAUGGUAAUGUGUGGUAACACUCUGACCAGUCUGCUCAUGGGAAACCCUUCCCUCCCUUUGCUGGAAUGAAGUGAUCUUUGAUCUCCUCACCAGCCCGAGAGGGAUAACCACAAGGCUGGCUUUGCAUGGGCCGGCAGGUGAGAUAUCUGCCUUGGUCUAUGGUCAUCGAGGUCCACCGGGCAUUUUCUGCAGAACCCACCACCUAAAAUCCCAAACUGCCCACUAGUGGGCGGUAGGGACCAGGUUGACUACCCAUGGUUUAAACUGUCUCUCAUACAUGCAUUUCUAUUAAUUAGUUUGUGUUCUUCCCAAGGACACCAUGAGAUACCUCUGUCUGCUCCAACGAAGAUCCUGGAUACUUUUCCAGCCACCUUUCCCAGAGGUGAAGACAAUGUUAUUGAAGCCAAUCUGGACAAAUCCCGCUUUAAGGAGGUGUGUGAGGAUGGAUUCACUUGUGGAAAUGUGCCAAAACAAAACAAGAUACUUAAUAUAAAUUGUCGUUGUUCAUCUUCCAAGCACUGUUCGUUUGCAUGUGGUCUGUGCUUUCUUGACUUGGUCAUUUGUUUUUCUUCUACAGGAGGUUAUAGAGUUGGCAGUUGAUCCACCUGAAGAGAUCAGGGAUGUUUCCAAUCCAUUUCUUCCCAAGCCGGAAGCUCCCGUAGACUCCAUGCUUAAAGAUAUGGCUACCAUUAUAUUCAGCACAUUUCUGUUGGCUGGAUGGUUGGCGUUUGUUAUCACCUAUCCAAAGGUAACCCAGUUUCUAUUUGGUUCUUUUAUAAUCGCUGUUUGCCUUUUAUAGAGAUGUGACGGAAACUGUUCAGAACCUCUGAUGUGAUAUGGGCCAACAAAUACUUAUAAAUUUAUUUUAGUUUUUCAAUGUAUUUAUGCCAAGAUUUGGAAAAUUCUAUUAUGAAUAAAAUAAUUGCCAGCCAAUUGCCUCCAAAAUUCUGUCCUCGUUUGGACAAACCUGUUCAUUUCAAUCUUCUAUUACCAAAUAUUACAUUACCUAGCGACUGAAACACUGGCUCUCGUCCCUUUUCUAGACCGUGCAACAGCAGCAGCAGCUCCAGCACCAGCAGUUCCAGAAACAGCUAGAGGAGAAGAUUCAGCUCUUGCAGAUGCAGCACGUCACCUUCCAGACACCAGCCGAGGGGACGUCUGAAGGAGAUUACUUGGAUAUACCUGGCCUCCGUGGUGAAAGCUCAGCCAACAGCACUCCUAAUGUGUCUCCAAGGGCCUCAAACCAUUCAUUACACUCCAACAUGUCCACGUCUGAGAUUGGCAGCAUGGUGUCCACAGAGGUGGAGGAUGAAGGUAAAUCUAGUGUCUGCAUACCAUGCGAUCUUCAGUCUGUCAUGAUGUCUUUGUUUGGAGUCUCCAGCGUAGCUGGUUGCUGAGGACGGAUUGGGGAAUCUGUGGAAGAGUAAUUUGCCUGGAGAAGGGGUGUUUCUGUUGGUUUGUUGUGAAGGUUUGGGGUCUAUAGCACGGGUUGUCCCUUUUGUGGUUCCUUAUUCUAUUCCCCAAGCGCUACCGGCUCAGCCACUGAUUCUGCCAAUCUUAGAUUUCCAACCUCACAAAUGUGGAUUUCACUAAAACCUUUAUAACCCUUUCACUUCACUGUAAUGUCCAGUAUACAGCAACCGACAGGUGCAUUUAUCUUCUGCUUAGAUCGAAAAAUGUAAAUAAAGCAUAACUUGGUCAUCGACAAUAUCAGUUGAUCCUAAAACUAAAUCUAUAAUCAACAAUAUAAUGUAAUACACUUCUCAACGACAGAUAAGGUCAUGAUGCACAGCCAUCUCCAGAAAAUAAAACAAAAUAAAAGUAAGGGUGCCCUUAAAAUGAAGAGGAAAUGUACGGAGUACACGGCCAAUAAGAGAUCAGUAUGAGUUAUCAUAACUAGGCCCCACAGCCAAUCACUGUUUUCUUACUAUCUGCUGACUUUUGCCUUAGCAUUGUUUUGAAACAAUACACAGAUAAGAAAAGUACAGUGGGGGUGGAGAUAAGUUGAAUAUUGUGGUGCAUUAAAAUUCCUGCUUUUUUAAAAUAAUUUGUUCACUGUGUAUUAAAACACUUACUAGCUGCCAUGGCUGAGGGGGAUGACGACCGGGGGACAGUGCGCACCAUACACGAGAGCAACUAUGCGGGUAUGGAGGAUAGCAAUGAAGAAGUAUGGACUGGCGCCGUACCCAUCUCCCCUCCUCCCCCUGACACACAACAAAAACUUCCCACCGGGCAUAGACCCUAAAGCAUUCAGAGACCUGCUCCGCCACAAGACACCUAGACUAUACCACCUCCUUGACAGGACUGACUGCAAGACACUACCGACCUUGCUAGACGGUAGCACUCCCACCCCCCUACAGACUCUUAAAUACAGACAACUACAGAGCUAUGUACACACCCUCCCAGGGGGCACUGCACGAACAAGGGCCCACACCACGUUCGAGCGACUGUGCAUAGACCCCGACCCCCAACCCCACGGGAUCUCUCUUAUCUACACCACGCUACAGAGGGAAACCCCGACGGAGACACCCAAGUUCAUGGGGACGUGGGAACAAACACUAGGCAAAACCUUCACGGAUGGAGAGUGGGAGAAGAUAUGCUACUUAACACACCACUGCUCAGUCUUCAGCAGGACCCAGGAAACUGCGUUCAAACUGCUGACAAACUGGUACUGCACUCCAAUCAUACUCCACGCCAUAGACCCAGACCACGCUGACCUUUGCUGGAGAUGCAGCAAAGAAGCCGGCACCAUGCUCCACCUCUGGUGGAGCUGUGAGGUCGUCCAACCCUUCUGGAAGGGUAUACAUGACUUACUCCAAACAUUUUCAGAUGCACCACCACCCUUUCUUCCGGAAGCCAUGCUCCUACACCACACGAAGACACCCAGAUCCCGCUAUAAAAACUCACUCACCAUUAGAAUCCUAAAUGUGGCCAAGCAAGUGCUCCCACAAUUCUGGAAGCAAACAUUGACACCCCCACUGACAGCAUGGUUCUCCAAAAUGGAAGAACUUGGAGCCAUAGAGGAACUCUACAUGAGCGCAAACACACCACACAAAUACCUGGAAAUAUGGACGCACUGGCUACUGACGACCAGUAAGACAGAUUUUAUGACUAGGAUCCAAUACGACAUGUAGACAGAGAGGCAGCAAGACAGCACAGACCGACGCCACGACAGACAAAAUAGACUGAGACAACCCGACAGCUACACGCCUACCCCAACAAAUAACCCAACUCCUAAACCCACCCAACACUGCACACAAACCAACACACCCUGGCACUGACACACGGCUCCAACAAAAUAUCACCCCUGUGGGACACACACGACCACAACACUGCACAAGAAACCGCAUACUUGACUAGACAAACAACACACAGAGACAAGCGGAAAAACAAGAAAGACAACAUACAGCCACCUCCUGGUGCACAAGUAGGACCAACAGGCCACAAUGCCAACCGUCUAAGCAGGCAUGGCAGACCAGAAUCAAGGAAACACAGCACUACACAUUGACACUGCCAACAGCACACGGAACAGCCAGAGAACGGACAUAUAGAACUAGGACUUACACAUGAGACAGAACCCAGCAAACACCAUACACAACCAAAACACAGGUCUCCGCACUACACACCUAUAGCAAACUACUACUUUGGGCUUACGUGCCACAGGAAAGCAGAGAGUUGAGAGACCUGCGUGUCUCCAGAAGUAUUGACUAUUCACAAAUAUUGAAACCUGCGAGUUUCGGAAUACACAAUUGAAAUGUUAUCGCAAACGGUCACAGACCUGAAACCUCCGAGUCUUAUUGUUACUCUUAUUCUCUGAAAACAAAAACAUAUUUACAAAACAAAAAAAAUAACACUUGCUAAAAGCACAUUUCAAUCAGACCGCCACUAGAGGAACUUCCUGGUUGCUAAUAGAUUUUUGGUCCCAUAACGGACGCUGGACAACCUUACACUCUGCAUGAGGACAUCAAGCGUCCGUUAAACCCUCAUAGGAAAGCAUUGAGGAAAGGGGGGACAAGACGGCUCCUGUAGUGUUACGAAUACAGGUUUGUAUUCCUAACACUAUAGAAUCCCUUUAAGCAUUAUUAACAAGAGGGGGAAAAAAUAAGCUUGAUGCAGAUACUGUCCUGUUAGUUUGAAGCCUUUCCGCUGCACCAUUGGCCCAUCGGCUUCUUUUGUCCAUUCUUGGAGACCUCCAGGCCACUUUUGACUGUUUCCGUCCCAUUCAGGCAUACUUGGCUAUGAUCUUUGACUCACUCAGUGGUUAUGGUUGUAAUGUAUGGGAUAUUGUAUUUUUUUCCCCACAGAUGAAGAUGGGAGAGUAACCAUUGGAAAGAUUUCCUUUAAUCCUAGAGACGUUCUUGGCCAUGGAGCAGAGGGCACCAUAGUUUACAGGUAUAUUGUGCUUCUUAAAAAAACUGAAUGUGUUCCAUGCAAACCCUUUUAAUAUCUGUAUAUUCCCUCAUACAGGCCUAGAAUUACUCACUAAUUUCCGAGCUUAGGUGUCAAGCCAUCCACACAAUUCAUAUUUUUAUAAAUGUAUUAUAGAAUUUGAUAUAUAAAGUUUUUAGUUUUUUUUUUGUUUUUUUUUGUUUUUUCUAAAAAAAGUGUUUACAAGAAAGGUAAUAGGGAGGAGUCGGGCAACUAUAGGCCAGUAAGCCUUACUUCAGUAGUGGGGAAAGUGAUGGAAACCAUAUUAAAGGAUAGGAUUGUUGAACAUCUAAAAACACAUGGAUUUCAAGAUCAGAGACAACAUGGGUUUACUUCAGGGAGAUCAUGCCAAACUAAUCUUAUUGAUUUUUUUGAUUGGGUAACUAAAAUUAUAGAUCAGGGUGGUGCAGUAGACAUUGCUUACCUAGAUUUCAGUAAGGCUUUUGCACUGUUGCACAUAAAAGGCUUCAAUAGAGGGACAAAGGUUUAAAAAUAAUAUCAGGAAGUAUUACUUUACUGAGAGGGUAGUGGAUGCAUGGAAUAGCCUUCCAGCUGAAGUGGUAGAGGUUAACACAGUAAAGGAGUUUAAGCAUGCGUGGGAUUGGCAUAAGGCUAUCCUAACUAUAAGAUAAGACUAGGGACUAAUGAAAGUAUUUAGAAAAUUGGGCAGACUAGAUGGGCCGAAUGGUUCUUAUCUGCAGUCACAUUCUAUGUUUCUAUGUUUCUAUCAAUAAACUGCAAUCUUUAAGUUUGGAUUCCAAUAUUGUUGAAUGGGUAAGGCAUUGGCUGAGUGACGGGCAACAGAGGGUUGUAGUUAAUGGAAUAUAUUCGAAGCUUGGGCUUGUCACCAGUGGGGUACCUCAGGGAUCUGUACUUGGACCCAUUCUCUUUAAUAUUUUUAUUAGUGAUUAUUGCAGAAGGUCUUGAUGGUAAGGUAUGUCUUUUUGUUGAUGAUACUAAGAUAUGUAACAGGGUUGAUGUUCCAGGAGGGAUAAGCCAAAUGGCAAAUGAUUUAGGUAAACUAGAAAGAUGGUCACAGUUGUGGCAACUGACAUUAAUGUGGAUAAGUGCAAGAUAAUGCAUCUUGGACAUAAAAACCCAAGGGAAGGGGGGGCGGAGCUUGCGGCCAACGAGGGUAGACGCCAUCUCAGCCAGCUCCCCGCAAUUCGCCUAAAACCCACCGAAAAUCGCGGGCAUCCUACCCCAUAAGGCGACGCAACCCGGCCGACCUACCUCACCGAGAGUUCCUGCAUCCGUCGAUGCCGUUCUUCCAGCCGCCCAGACAGGCAAAAAUAAAACGCAGGUCUGGGGCCUACUGCGCAACGCCAGCCUACAGCCUGGAUGACCUACUCGCAAUCGGCAGAGUGGGACACAGCCUGCAACUCCCAGACACCUCAUCCCCACAUCAAAUGCCAGCAAUGGGACGUCGGUCCCAAAAACCACACACAGCGGCAGAGUGCAGGGAUAUUGGCACCAUGCUGCAACGACCGGCGCCGGGCAAAACACCCUCCACAGAGGUACUGCAGCCUACACACAUUGAAGCCACGAGGCAGAGUGAUGAGGUAGGGAUCACACAAGCCCUGCAGACAGAUCAGGCCCCAUCCCAAGAGCCCUAUGAUGGCACAGCUCCCACUACCAAAGCUGAUUUAAAGGCACUGCUGGCAGACAUACACAAGGUCUGGGCUGCAGACCUCCAGCAAAUAAAAGCAGACAUACAGGCAGUCACAGGCCGAGUAACACAAGCUGAAACAAACAUCGGCAGCAUUAACUCUGACUUGACCACAAUUAAAGACACAGUUACUCAGCUCCAAGUGCACCAAUCAGCCUUGUCGCUCAGGCUGACGGCCUUUGAAGACAGACUACGCCGCAACCAUGUUAAGAUAAGGGGAGUCCCUGCUAACAUUAGCGCAGAUGAACUACCACACUAUGCCAGGCGAUUGAUGGCGACCAUCUUACCUCACCCAGUGACCAGGAAAUUAACCAUCGAAGGAACAUUUCGACUACCAGGCUCACCCAUGGCAAAACCAGGCCAAAUGCAAGACGUCAUACUCCGCUGCGCCACCUCUCAGGAUAAGGCCCAAAUUAUGCUAGCCCUGAAGGGUAAAACACCGCUGUCCUUUGAAGGCGCCUCUCUAACCUUCUACCAGGACCUCACACGAGCCACACUGCAAUGGCGCAAAUCAUUGGCACCGAUCACUUCCCAACUCAGAACAGCUGGGGUGACAUACAGAUGGGGCCCCCCUGGAACGCUGUAUGCUACGCAUAACGGGACUGUCCACACACUAGAAGCAGGGGCAGAUAUACCCUCUUUCCUUGCAUCACUAGGCAUAGCAGGCCAGACCGUAAGAACACAAGACAAACCAUCCAAAGCCUGGGACCCAGUGAACACGGCCAUAUUCACACCGAGAGCCGCCACAUCACGGGAAACGGAGCCUUAGCAGGACUGAACACUAAAUACUUAAACGCAACUCGACAAGACAGCCGAACACCCCAACAAAGCCCUACUGUUUAAAAUGUGUUCAACGCUUAGCAUUAAUGCUUCAGUUUAUGUUUUUAAACUACACGACGGCUAGUCAUGAAAACCCGAAUUUGGGUUGACAAUUACACGACCGAGAUGGCGAUUACCCCCCAUAAUCCCCAACAAAUACCCCCCUCAGGAGUGGGCGAAAUACACAAUGGAGCGUAUAUACCCACACCCUCACUCUCUUCCCUACACUAGUUAUACACUAACCCUCAGGCACAAGACCUACCAACUCACCUGAUGCUCACUAGGCAACCCUGAUACCACACACCCUGGCAACCAGCUCAGUAUAGAGCCUACUCAGUCAGAUGCAAAACGUGACCUACUCACAGAGAAGCAACAUACACAAUACUCCCGAACCCUUAAGUGACAAUCCCCCCCCCCCCAAGGGAUCACUAUAUGGCACCUACACAGGGCUUCUUCAGCCUGAACUAACUUAAGAUGAUGAAAAGCAAAAUCUCCUCCUCAUGCGCCUAGACCAUCUCAGACAAAACGCUAACCUACACCCAAUCAAACUAGGCAUACUUGUCUAACACAUACAAUCUAUCUAUGAGAUGCAAAUCUCAUAUAGGAGAUUACUUAACUUAGCUUGUUCAUACAACUCAUUAAAUGUAAAAAUGUGCAAGUUUUAACGCAUAACUUACCUAUGUUCAAAUAAUAAUGCGCUUGUGGAAGCUGUUGUGGCUAUACAAGCACUGCUGUAAACCCAUGCACAACAAAAAUAAAGAAUAAAAAAAAACCCAAGGGAAGAGUACAGCAUAUUUGAUAGAGUCCUAACCUCAACAUCUGAGGAAAGGGAUUUAGGGGUGAUUAUUUCUGAUGACUUAAAGGUAGGCAGGCAAUGUAAUAGAGCAGCAGGAAAUGCUAGCAGAAUGCUUGGUUGUAUAGGGAGAGGUAUUAGCAGUAGAAAGAGGGAAGUGCUCAUGCCAUUGUACAGAACACUGGUGAGACCUCACUUGGAGUAUUGUACACAGUACUGGAGACCGUAUCUUCAGAAGGAUAUUGAUACCUUAGAGAGGGUUCAGAGAAGGGCUACUAAACUGGUUCAUGGAUUGCAGGAUAAAACUUACCAGGAAAGGUUAAAGGAUCUUAACAUGUAUAGCUUGGAGGAAAGACGAGACAGGGGGGAUAUGAUAGAAACAUUUAAAUAUAUAAAGGGAAUCAACACAGUAAAGGAGGAGACUAUAUUUAAAAGAAGAAAAACUACCACAACAAGAGGACAUAGUCUUAAAUUAGAGGGACAAAGGUUUAAAAAAUAAUAUCAGGAAGUAUUACUUUACUGAGAGGGUAGUGGAUGCAUGGAAUAGCCUUCCAGCUGAAGUGGUAGAGGUUAACACAGUAAAGGAGUUUAAGCAUGCGUGGGAUAGGCAUAAGGCUAUCCUAACUAUAAGAUAAGGCCAGGGACUAAUGAAAGUAUUUAGAAAAUUGGGCAGACUAGAUGGGCCGAAUGGUUCUUAUCUGCCGUCUCAUUCUAUGUUUAUCACCUUAAAUAAAUUAAAAUUGACUCUUCAUGCCUGGGCAUUUAACAAAUUCCUUUUACUUUCCCCUACAGAGGCCAGUUUGAUAAUCGAGAUGUGGCGGUGAAGAGAAUUCUCCCAGAGUGCUUCAGUUUUGCAGACCGGGAGGUGCAGCUGCUCAGAGAGUCUGAUGAGUAUCCGAACGUAAUCCGCUAUUUCUGCACGGAGAAAGAUCGCCAGUUCCAGUACAUCGCCAUCGAGCUGUGCUCUGCCACCCUGCAAGAGGUCAGAGCUCGCUGCACAAAUAUUUUGGAUUUGAUUUCUACAAUGCAGGAUGCUUAGAAAAUUGUACAUCUUUAAAGCAGACAGAGAGCAAACAUAUGUCAUCUUUUUUUUUUUUAUCUUCGUUGACCGAGGUUUAAAUUCUACCGGUAUUUGGAUUAUGUGAAAAUUAGAAGCAGCUGGAAUUCAGAUGAGUUCAUUUUUAUUUUUGCUGCAGUUAAAUACAGAAUAGUCCACUUUUUUGUUGCCUGUUAGCAAGAUGUGACUGCCCAUUGAUCUAAUCUAGUGACUGUUAUUGGAUACUGUAUCCCGUGUUCUAAUAAAAGCUGACUGACUAAUCAAAACGGUGAGCUCCUUCCCCUCCUAAAUUUUUUUUUUUUUUUUCUCUCUGUAUUAGUAUGUGGAAGAGAAGGAUUUUGACCGUCAUGGUUUGGAGCCGAUAGCUCUCCUGGAGCAGACGGUGUCUGGACUUGCAUACUUGCAUUCUCUAAACAUUGGUAAGAACUACCGUAUUUUGAACAGACAGUGUUUUUUGUUUCUGGUUCUGAUCCAGGAACCAUUCUCAAAUCUUGUCCGUAGUUCAUAUUUCUGUGACAAUAACCUUUUUUUUAAAGUAAAAAAAAAAAAAAAAAAACCUCUCUUUGCAAAUUUCGCAACUUUUCUUAAGUAAAAUCCCUCAUACGCUCUCUCACCAAUAUUUCUUAUAAUAGACUCUUUUUCCUUCUUUAAAUUUUAUGUGAUAAAUUCUAAACAAUUUAAAGUGCAUUCCAAACAUUAAUUCAAAGUACUAAAUCUAAAUACGUGUUAAGUGCUGAUUUAUUAAUCAAAGAACCGCCCCUACUUUUACCAUUAUUUAUUUUACAAUUAUUUCUUCCUAAGUAGAAAGUCCCUCAUAUUCUCUCACCAAUAUUUCCUAUAAUCAACUCCUCCCCCCCCUUUUCCCUUUAAAUUAUGUGCUAUAAAUUAUUUACCGUGUAACGUGCAUUCCAAAUCUAUCCUUCUAAAUGCUAAAUUUAAAUGCGUGUUAAAUGCUAAUUUAGUCAUCAUGCAAAAACUGCCAUUUUUUUAUUCCAUUUUCCUUCGUUACAUUAUUUACGCUUACAAAAAUUAUUUUAAGGUAGUUUCCUUCUGAGUAAUAGGCUUAUAUACCCAUGCAAGGUGACCGUAUUGUGCGCAACAAAUUCACAUAAGGGGAAAAGAAAAAAAAACAAUAAAAAAACAACAAAAAAAACCCCACUUACUGCAUUCAAGAGAGGGGAGCAUGACUUUGAUAUCCAUAUUCAAUCCUAAUUUUUUUUUUUCAAUGUUUGACCCUCAGUGCACAGAGAUCUAAAGCCUCACAACAUCCUGAUUUCGAUGCCCAAUGCUCACGGUAAAGUGAAAGCCAUGAUCUCCGAUUUCGGCCUGUGUAAGAAGUUAGCUGUUGGAAGGAACAGUUUUAGCCGGCGAUCUGGUAUUCCUGGGACAGAAGGCUGGAUCGCACCAGAGAUACUUAGCGAAGAUUUCAAAGACAACCCUGUAAGUUCUCUCUGAAUAUCCCUGUGACAAGGAUAUAGUCACAUACAUACAGAGCAUAUGUUGUUAUCUCCCGGAAUGCAGCUCCAUGUUUUUGUUAUGAACGUUGUUUGAUCUGAAUAAAUGAAAUGACGAAGGUUUCAUUACAGACCUACACAGUGGACAUCUUCUCAGCUGGCUGCGUGUUCUAUUACGUGGUGUCAGAAGGGAAGCACCCAUUUGGCAAGUCCCUGCAGCGGCAAGCCAACAUCCUCCUAGGUGCUUACAGCUUGGACUGUUUGAAUCUAGACAAACACGGUGAGUGGGGUGUAUUCUAUACAUGGAAACUGUACAUGUCUUCUGGAAUCAUAACAAAUAGCUACAAUGUCCUGGCUUAUUUCCUAUUGUUAUGAAUGUAGUUGUCAUGGUAACUGUAUAAUAAAAGUAGGUUAUGUCAGAUAAAGUAUGGAUUCAUAGAGCAAUUAAGUGGUAUAUACAGCAUACUUCUGUUUUUUUUCUUUUUUCAACUAACAAAGGUUUAAGAGAUAAUUGAAUGACUUUUCAACUCUAAAAGUUAAGAUAUUUAUUGGUGACCUUAAUAGUUUCAUAUAGGAAUGCAGUCUACAUUCUAAAUAAGCACUUAUUAUCUGUCUGCUGAGACACGCAUAUCAGGACCCGUUUUUACAUUUACAAUUAUAUUGCUUUUUAAGUUUUCUCACCUGGGGGGGGUGUGUAUCCGCUUUAGAGCAGUUGUUUUUAGACACUAAUUCAAAGGCCUCUCUAUAGCAUAUAGACCUUUUUUGGAGAUCGUAUUUUUAGUGAUACAGAAUGGUUUGAGAGAGCGCACCCUGACUCCAAAAAAAUAGGACCGAUUACAAACAGUUACAGACAGAUACCAAACAUCUUCGUUGCUCCACAAGGGGAAUCACAGCAAAUAUAUAUAUUUUUGGUUGGAUCCCAUACUUCUGGGUCUUUCAGACUGUGCUCAGAGCCUCUGCACUAUCUUAAUUUUUCAUUAUUCCUAGGGGGAAGAGAGAGAUUUACCUGAUGUAUUCUCUCUGGUGCAUCAGUCUUCUGGUUCAUGGUCAUCUUCACCUACUGGCAGAACAUGCCGGGUUGCUCGUAUGCACAUAAUCUAAAUUGCAGUCAGUCGAAUCCUGUGAUGUUGUCCUUCAGACGUAGCAAGUAAUGGAGGAGGUGGAAGUUGAUUGAAGUGCCUUUCGCAACUUACUGACAAAAAAAAAAAGUGUUUCUACAUUAAACAAGGCUCCUUCAAACAAUGUAUUUUUGCCCGCUCUCAAACUUCUCAUAUUGUCUGUUUUUGCUUCAGUGUGUUUGCUUAGGGUCUGUUAUAAAAGGUAAUUUUAAAUGUGGACCUCAUGCUCAUUGUGCCUAGAGGGAUAUCUGGUAACCUCGCUGAUGAGGCUCAACGAAGGCUAAAAUAAUUGUCUGAGGUUGCUGUAUCUCUCAUGCAGUGGGAAGCAUUUAACAUCUGAACUGCUCUUAUGGGCAGAAUUAGUCUAUGUAAAUGGUAUAGGUUCACUAUGUAAUGGCACAGGUAAGCAAAAAUGGAGACCUGAGCGGGGGGAUUUACUGAAGGGCAAGGUACUGUGUCUAUCUAAGCUUUUAAAAGUUCUCAUAGUCUCUGUUUUUGCUAAAAUACCAAUGUAGUCGAUAGAAUCUUUAUGAAAAGCUCAUAUCUUACUGAAUGCUCAAAUGUAGGGGUGCUGGGCUUGACAGUACUGGACGGACGUGCCUUGCAUGAGCUCUGUGCCAAAGUUCCCAAUAACCGUUCUUUUAAGCUAAUACUCCCUAACUAAAGGCAAGCUGUCAUCGGGAGAUCGUUAGGAACUUACCUGGCAUUACAAGCAUGAUUUCCACCUACUGAAAGUACACUCCAUGGCAAAAGCAAGAAUUGGCAUUGUGGCUUGCAAUCGUUUCGCCCUACAUUCUUUGUAACAGAGAGACAUUUGACGUAACCCCCACUCCACUGCUAAUGGGGGAUAUUCCUGUGCCCCCAACCACUAGCAAUCAAAACCGCAUACAUCUUUGGACCAAAAGCAUCCAAUAUGCAGGCAGGUCAGCACGGAGUGCCCACCAAUAUCGCAGAUGCCGUGUGUCAGCUCACAGCUGACACCCUGUAUAGGCUGUACUUGCAAGUACCAGCAUGACUCACAGGGGCUACACGCUCCUCUAACCCAGCAGCAUCCGCUGCACUCCUGGGGUAGUUGGCUACCACCUGUAAGACCACAAGCCCCUGCUCGACCAGCAUGACCUACAGUGGCCAGACAUGCUGCACCAACCACCAGACUGACCUACUUAACCCCUACCUCAUUCAAAGGUAAACCUCCCCCCCCUCCCUCCAUCAAGCAGACCCUCAUCUGCUCCAAUACGUUGCCUAUGGGAAUAUUCUCAGCUGUUGCAGUUCAUUCCGGAUUGGACCCCCUCGGUGCUCCUGCUAUCAGCAAGCAUAACCAUGUAACCCGAGGCAACACCAUGAUUUGGUUUGUAAAUCUCUGUUCCCCUGUACCCAAAUUGCCUCUCAUAUCCCAACUGACACCAUAAUACCUACACACAAUGCGUGCUCAAACUACACGAACGGUGUUGCUAUCCGUUGUUACAUCGAUAACUUUGCCCAUUGUAAAUGAGUGCAUUGCAUGAAUCAUAAGGUCAAGUCUACUAUAGAGCCAAUUUAUUGUCAAGUUUAUUGCACGCUUAAAGCAGACCUCUAAAAGCACAUACCUUUGUACCCUGUAUUGCACGCAAAGAACCCCCAUGUACUGACGUUGAAAAACAAAGAUUGUCAAACACAAAACAAAUAACAAUAAAAUAUGAUACGAUAUCAGUUCUCAGCAUAGACAAGUUCCCUGGACAUAUAGUAGCCUAACACUCCGCUUGCUUAGUAUUUAUCCACCGAUAGAAUGUUUAACGUGCUAUACGUAUCUAGACAUCUUGUCUGUUACUUAUCUUUCCCUUCCAAAAAAAGAGAGAGAUCUUUCUUAUCCUGAAUUAUAUGUGACUUAGAAUGUACAUUACCUGUUUAUGCCAAGCUGAUAUAUUUUGAUGUCAUGUUUAUCUUGCUGACAACUCAAUAAAAGAAAUAUGGACAUCUGUAAGGCAUUCAUUUUCCUUUAAAUGAGUUUUUAUUUUUUAAUAAAUGUCUUUCUCUUUCUGAGGAGGCUGUGCUUACAUGAGCAGAUUUUGGAUGCUUGUAUGUAAUGUGCUCUCUCAUUUUACCAUAACAUGGUGGUUACAGUUUGGCAUCUCUGCUUAGGACAUGAUCUGUCUGUCGGAGGAGUGCUGGUUAUCAUGUAAUUAAGUGGCAAGAAUGAAAACCUGUUCGGCACUCUUCCCUUCUUGAGUCUGUGUGUUUUUUGUUUUGAUUCAUUUAGAAUGGAUGUCAUCUCGGAUCUGUCAGAUUACAUUUAUUUCUAAUAUUUGAAGGUUUAACCUUAUCUCUGAGCUUAACUGGAUAUUUUGAAUAGACUCUGUAAUAUGAAUCUGUCCAGAUGAUUCUUUCUUGAGAAAAAUAACAUUUCUCAUUACGUGUCUUUUUUAGAAGAUCUAAUUGCUCAUCAACUCAUUGAGCAAAUGAUUAAUAAAGAUCCACCGACACGCCCGUCAGCAGAGAGCGUCCUAAAACAUCCAUUUUUCUGGAAUCUGGAAAAGCAACUCCAGUUUUUUCAGGUUAGUAAUUCAAUAAGGCAGCCUUACAGCACACUUGGUUUGCAGGGUUGUGAUAUUAUGAUUGGUACCCUUCUAUUCCUGCAGGAUGUCAGUGACCGGAUAGAGAAAGAAGCUCUUGACGGCCCCAUAGUGAAACAGCUGGAGAAGGGAGGACGACAGGUGGUAAAAAUGGAUUGGCGAGAACAGAUCACUGUGCCUCUUCAAACAGGUAUUUCUAACUUUACGGACACUGUGACAAGUUGGCAAAUCUGUGGAUGAGCAUACAAUGUCGUACGCACUAGUUUACAGUUAAAUUAACACUGCACUUAUUACAACAACUUAAAGGGACACCAUAGUAACCAGAACAACUACAGCUUAUUGUAUCUGUUCUGAUUUUGCAUGCAUUUGAUUCAAUUUAUCUUAUGAGGAGAUGCUGAUUGGCUGAUUGGCCAGGGCUGUGUUUGACUUGUGCUGGCUAUGCCCCUGAUCUGCCUCCUUGACAAUAUCAGCCAAUCCAAUUCAUUCCUAUGUGAAAGCAUUGUGAUUGGCUCAGAUCGCCACGUCAGAUGACAUCAGCCAAGAAGGCAGAUAACAAAAUACCAAUCUUUCCCAUUUUGUUUUUUCAAACUCAGAUCUCAGAAAAUUCCGCAGUUACAAAGGAAGAUCCGUCCGAGAUCUGCUCCGAGCUUUAAGAAACAAGGUAAAGGCUUUGUCUGCUAAUCCAUGCAUUUCAUUGGAGAUCAGUACAGGAGUUUGGCGGUAUACUAUCUUUUUUUUUUUCUUAUGUUAACACUUAAGGAAGAUUGGAUUAAUACCACUGUUUAGGCAGCUUACUUCUCCUAGUUAGUAGCUUGUAAGAUACAAAAUGAAAGGGAUUAGUCAAAAUUGGCAGUCAUUCACUAAAGUAAGAAUUUCUGGGAAUUCAACUUGAACUGUAAAGCUUUGGCCAAAAUAACUAAAUUAGAAAAACUCUCCAAGUCAGCUCUGUUUUCAGUUUGACUAUUUUGGCCUUAUAUUUGGUCAAGGUGCUUUUGACUUUGGUGUAAAACACAGAUUUUGGCUGCUACAGGACACCGUUCUGCCACUCUCAUGAUAAUGAUGGUUGCUGGAAUUGCUUUUCAGCCACUGGCCUAUUACACCCAGUCUGUAGCAGGGGUAUAAACCAUUACUUUGUUUCUAAUCUUAAAGUAACACUUCAAACAUCAUAACAACUAAAUAUUGAUGAGAUUGCUCAAAAUCACCAAGUGUGUGUCACUCCAAACCACACAAAGUACAACAGACAGAAUACAUACAAUAAUAUGGUGAGAGCAAAACAAGUGGUGAAUAAAAUGUAUAAAACAUGGUAAAAUUGCAUGUUUUAUAAAUUUCAUUCACAGUUGUUUUUUUCACCACUUGUUUUGCCCUCACCAUAGUAUUGUAUAUAACAACUACAUCUAACUGCAGUAGUUAUGGUGCCAGGAGUGUUUUUCUAAUUUGUUCAAAGCCACCAUUUAUGCUGCUUGCUGUAAUCCUUUGCUCAUGAUAUCCAUCUGUGAAUAAUUGUGUCAAGAUGAAAACUAACAAUUGAAAAAAAAAUAUUGUAGAGGGGAGACAUCCAGCACUUUUCAGAAUCACAUCUUUGAAAUUUGUUUUAUUCACAGAAACAUCACUACAGAGAACUGCCCGCGGAGGUGCAAGAGACUUUGGGGUCUGUCCCUGAUGAAUUUGUGCGCUACUUUACCUCCCGUUUCCCCAGCCUCCUGCUCCACACCUAUCUGGCAAUGAAGAUGUGCCGUGAAGAGAGACUAUUUCGAACUUAUUAUCACCCCAGCCCCCCAGAACAUUUGACCAACACUGCGUGUCCAGAUGUAGCGUGAAAGACCAUGAAUGCGAUUUUCUAAUAAUUUGGGAUCUGGCUGGCGUAGGCUUAAGCCUAGGGACCUCACAAAGUGCCUUUUCAGUUGCUGAAAUGGAGACAAUGAUGAAGACCUGAACUUUGAAGCACAGGUGGAGGAUAAGUGACUUGGUAUUAAGGUUUAUUGCACUAUAGCUUUCUUCCUGUCCGGUGCGCUUUGGAAGCAUUGUAGGUUUGCUGUAAAACAGAUUGUGUCCACAGUCGCCAUUUUUCAUGGUGGCUGCAGCGGGAUAUGACUGGUCUGUGUCCCCAGCAGGAAAAAGAUACUGUGACCUUUAAUCGAAGGCCUUAUCAAUUGAUGUAAUAUUUAAUUUUUUUUAUAAGAGUAAUUGUUAUUGUCUGGAACGGUUUUAUCUAUAAAUGUAAGGUUAUAUCUUGCAUAUCAUCAUGAAAGUUUUGUUACACAAACUGUUCUAUUUUGUUUUCUCCCUUUUGGCACUGAGCAGUAUUCUUAUUUCACUGUAUUAGUUACAGUCCAAGGACAAUCUGGACAAAAUUCAGAUUUUUUAAAAUUUUCUAGUUUUCCCAAGAACACUCUUCACCCUGAGCUGGUUUGGAAAAGGACCUAAUGAGUAUUCAUUACAGAGUAGCUUAGCGUACGUUCCCGUAUAUGAAGUAUUGGGUUCUAGAAGGCCAGAAAUAACUAGUCAAAGUAUUUAAAGACUGGAAAUAUUUAUAGUUUUUUAAUGAAAUAUGAUAAAUAGAUUACAGUACAGGGGCCAUUGUAUGUAUGCCUGUCGGGAAUUUUAUGUUCUUUUUAAGAAAAGGGAAAAAAAAAAGUUAAACAUUUUUAAAAAAAAUUUUUUUACUUGUACUGGAAUGGGAUAAUCCAGCUGUACCUUAUGUAGGAUUUAUUUGUAUUUUUUAUAAUGGUUGGGGCUCUAUUUAUACUUAUUUCAGUUUAACCACCAGCUUUUAAUCCACACAUCGUCUGAUGUUGCUGAUUUGUGGGUACGGCUAUUUUUUUUGAAGGUACAACUGGUUUGUGGGUAUUGCUUUGUGGGUUGUAUAGAUAUUGCUGAAGAUCCUAGUGAAGUUUGUUUCCAUUACAUUCUCUCCCCUUUUGGAAAAUGUACAACAUUUUCCAAACCAGCCCAAGUGAUGGGUAUUGUUAAAAUUUUAAUGUCAAAGGUUUAUGAACUUGACCCAGUGUAAGAAAAUGAACACAAAAUUGUGAAUCCCAAUUUACUAUACGUCUAAUGAGGUAGACAAAUCUUAAAUAAACUGAAAUUUUUCUAAACGUUUUUUGGACUGUCUGAGCUUUACUAUUGACAAUGUAUUUGUAAGAAAGCUACGUGUAAAACAGUCUGUCAUUCUAUAAGUAAAACCCC